CAAGGAUCCGGCUAGUAAAUUUGCCGGCAAUGUGUGCGACUUCUACGAACUCAACUAUCACGUUUUGGGGGAAACCAGCAGCCUCAGUUAUUUUCGCCGCUUUGCCACGGAGUCAUCGAACAAAUCCCUGUCUCUGAAUUCGACCAGCGAAGUGAUUGUCCAGUCCACCAAAUGCAGCGAAUGUUGCAAUGCAGUUUUCGCCGGGGAGUGCAGGCAGUGCAACGCCUUCUAUUGCCGCCGUUGCUUCGAUGCGGUGCAUAAUCACAGUCGUGUCUUGAAGGCUCACGUCUUCCAGAAGACCACCAUGGAAACGCAAACGCGCACCAGCAAGGGAUUACGCGUGGGCAGCCACUUCUUCACACUGCCUUUGAGCGAUUGUUCGCUACACAGAUUGUCAAAAAAGAAUCAACGCUAUGCCUUCGAAAUUCCGGCGUCUUUGAAUGCAUUGAACUCCGCUCUUCUCAACAUCCAAAACGGCCAGAAGGUGGUUCGAGCGGCCAAGCAGAAGCUGAGCGACUAUGCCUCCGACACGCUGGCCAGCAUCUCGAAGCGUUUCUGCCACCUGCACGGCCUGCUCCAGGUGGCCGAGCUGCAGGUCAUCGAGAAGCUGCGCGAGUCCAGUCUGCCACCUCAAAUGGAGGUGAACGAAGCCCUGGGCAGGCUAAGUGGCUACGAGUUGGUGAUCAAGCGUUUAAAGCAAUUUCUGGAAAGUGACCCCGACGGCAACAUGUGUGUGCCAAACGAUAUCAGCCUGAAGUGGGUGCUUAAACUAAUCGGCGAGCAUCUCGAGAAGAUUCCCACAACUGUGCAAGUCACCAAGAUCUCGGAAAAUCCGUAUCGCGUGGCUUGUGGUCGCAUUAUGGAUAUGGCCAAUCUAUUCAAGUGCGAAUUUGUGGACCCUAAGAUUCAAGUUCGCUUCAGUACCGACUUUGAGAGCAGCUGCAGCAGCAUCUCAAUGUCAUCCGCUGAAGACAUCGCCUUCUCCAGGUCUUUCAGCAGUGGCAAGGAUAAUGUUAGCCACCCCAACGCAUUGGCUUCCCAACUGAUGCUCAGCCAAAGUUCGCAAACAAAGCAGCCAAUGUCGAAGGGUCAAAGGAAACGGGCCAAAAAGGCCAAGAAAGCGGAGUCCAGUUUAACUUCGACUGGUGCCACUACCGAUGAGUUUUCACCAAGGGAUUUUGAUUUUGUGCGGUGCUUCUCGGCCUUAGACAUUACCAAACCGAAUGAGACAUCGGUUUCCAGGGCUGGCGGAAGUACAAUCGAUUGGUUCAAGACCGAUGCUCUCGUUAAGGUUCGCUCCGUCAACUCCCCCGAAGAUUUCUACGUCCAGGGCAUCCAUUCGGCCCAGCGAUUGCGCGAGGAACUGGACACAUUCUCCCAGACCCUUGCACACACACCCAGUCGCUCUCCACCGCCGCAGAUUGUGGUGGGCCAAAACUACAUCGCCUACCACAAGGAUCAGGACCGGUUCUACCGCGCCAUGAUCAGCCAGAAACUGCCCACGCGGGACACCUACAAGGCCUUUCUGCCGGACAUCGGCCUUUAUGUCGACACUCACGGCAACAACUUGUAUGAGCUGCCGGAGCGUCUGGCCGAACUGCCGUAUUCCGCCGUACACUGCAGCUUGUGGGAGCUGAUGCCCAACCACGGCGGAUCGGAUUGGGACAAUCGGGCCAGUGCCUUUCUCAAGCAGAUUGUGCAGAACAAUCCGGUGCACGUGAUCGUCAAGAAAGCUCUGACCCAUGAGCUGCACGAGGUGGAUCUCAUCACCAGCAACUACAACACCGACAUCUCCGUCCGCGAGUCUUUUUUGUACUCUGGCCUGGCGCGCUCCCGCUGCGGUCGUGCGCCAGCUAUUGACCACCAGUGGCUGCAGCCCGCUCCGCACUUGCUGCGCCUGCCCCGAAUGAAGUUCCAGUUCGGCGACUUGUUCAUGGUCCAGAUGCUGCACGUGGAGGACCCGCAGGAGUUCUAUGUGAUGCGCCACGACUUUGAGUCGCAGCGCUGCUUGCUGCAAGCCAACCUGCAGGGAACCAUGGAUCGCAUUAGCAUUAGCCAGCUGCAGAACAUAUUCUUAGGGCGCCAGCACCUUGGCUGCGUCCUGCAGACCGAUGGGCAAUGGAAGCGGGCCAGCAUCGAGCAGAUCCUUCCCGACGGUUACGUUCUUGUGCGCUUGGUGGACGAUGGCCCCAGUCAAAAGGUCUUCUGGGACCAGUUGUUCGUGCUGCCGCAGAGCUUCUGGGACACCGAGCUGGCCAUCAAGUGCUGCCUGGCGGAUGUGGAAACCCGUCCGGAGAAGGCCUAUGUGUGGACGGCGGAGGCGACGGCCUCCUUCAGGCAGCUUACCGCGAAUCCCAAGCUGUACAUGGAGGUGAUCCGUUCCACGGGCGAUAUGGUCUAUGUGGCGUUGAAUUUCAUGCGUUCGGGCUCGGAGACCACCAGCGUGGGAGUCCAACUGGUGGCCCAGGGACACUGCACCUCGAGCGGGGAGACCAGUAAGGUGAUCGAAGCACCCAACUCGUCACGAUUCAUGCGCCUGGACGUGGAGACGCGCAGGUUUAUGGAGCAGCAGAAGAAGGGACAGCCGGUGGAGAUGGCUCCCUACCAGAAGGCCGAUAAGAACGAGCGAAACAAGCGCGUGAAUGUCCAUGUUCUUUACGUGCGACAGCCGGACGAGUUCUAUGUGACGCUGCCCCACUUCCAGCCGGCCAUCGAGCUCCUGCAGAAGUCGGUGCAGGAAGCGGCGGCCGCCAUGUACCAGGACAUGCUGCCCAGGACCAAUUGGCAGGUGGGCGACAUGUGCUAUGUGAGCGUACAGGCCAAGUGCGAUUCGCAGCUAUUGUGGCAUCGUGGAGUGGUGACCAAGGUCAUGGCUUCUUGCGGUGCUGGUUCCCAAUCGACCCACUACCAAGUGCAGUUGAGGGACUUGGGUGAGCUGGCCGACAAUGUGAGCAGCACUUGCCUGACCUCCAUUGACGAGGCCAACAUGCGCAUCUCGAACAGCGCCAAGCGUUGUCACUUGCACGGCAUUCGGUCGAUCGGCGAUGGGUGGUCCGAAGACGCCAUUGAUUUCUUCAAGGACCAGUUGCAGGCUUACGACGAUAUCCAUGUGACAGGUCACGGAUUUUCGGAUAACUCGUUGAGCGUGGUCCUUUGGGGCUCCCACACCAUAAUCAACGGACCCUUCGCGCCCGCCCGAAUGAAGUACGUGAAUAUCAACAAGACCCUUCUGUUGGCCGGCAUGGCUGAGAAGGAUCCGACCUUCGAUCCCGAGGACCAGCAGUCGUUGACCGACAAUGUCAGCUUUCGCUCCGACGGAACAACCAAAUCCAGCGACAUUAAGGCCAUGCAGUCCUAUAUGGACAACAUUGAUAAGACUGAUAAGAUGGUCAAGGCACAGAGCAUCAAUGCCGUAGAAUCGCCUCGACUGAAGGUUGGCUUCGAGCACAACGAGGACAUGCCACCGCUGGAACUCCUGGAGGAUUUGGGAAAGGCCAAGCAGACGACGGGACUGACAGUACCACCUGCUGGAUGGACAACGCCACGCAAGUGCGAGAAGACCAUCUUUACGGCCAUCGCCACGAAUGUGAACUACGAGUGCCAUGUCUACUUGACGUUGGCCAACGACAAGCCCUUCAUGGAACACAUGCGCAACCUGCUGGUGCGGAAGUUCAAGCCGCUGAUGGAGAAGCAGCAGGAGCGAUCCACCGCCUACAAGUACGAGGUGGGACAGCCGGUGCUGGUCACCUAUCACAUGGACAACCUGAUCUAUCGCGGAAUAGUGCAGCGCUUGAGGAACAGCCACGAUGAGUACACCGUGUACUAUGUGGACUAUGGCAACAUGGAGCAGGUCAAAGCGGAUGAGAUGCUGCCAUAUGCCCCGUUCCCGGAACUGAACGCCAUGUGCUUUCUGGUCACGAUUCACGGAGUGCGCUCGAAGCGGCCAAAGUACUCCGUUAAGGAGAUGGACACGGUCCACCAGCAUUUGGUCAUGAAGCUGAGCAGUGUGCGCAUUAUGGAGGUCAGGGGAGUGGGGACCACUAAGCAUCCCAGUUGCCAGAUCAAGGUGGGCAAUGUGGACAUUGCCACCAUGAUGAUAGACUGCGGCAUAUCUGUGCCAGCCGAGAAGAAGCCGACGACCAAAAAGAAAUCCAUAUUCAUGAGUCCCCAAAGAGCACUCAAGGAGUUUAAGAUGUUCGACGAACUGGAGGACCUGGCUUUCGGCAAUGGAGUAUCAACAAACACACCAAGAGAACCCGCUAAUGCCCAGCGAAACAACGAAACUGAAUCGUCGUUUCAGGAACCGCCCACAAAGAAAAAGUACCUGGUAAAUAGCAAGGAGGUGGAGGCCUUUGAAUGUGACCAGGAUUUCGAUUGUCAGCAACUUGCGAAAGAAGUGUACCUUGACAAUAGUUUCUAUCGCCCCGACUUUGAAAAAUACGCUGCCGAAAGCGGCGCCGAAGAAUCGGGACUUGAUGGCUCGUCAGAAGAUGAAGAGCAGUGCUCAAGUUCCUCUGCAAGUGAUGAUGGGCAGGAGGAUGCGGAUAACGAAAUCAGUCAGAUGGAACCGCUCAACUUUUCGGCCGCAGAUCAGCUGCGGCGUCGCAUUGAACUGCGUCAUGAGGAAAUGAAGGACAAGGUCAGCUUUUCACCCUUGGAAACCUCGACCGUAAGGUCCUACUACGAUGCCAGUGGCAGCUUCAAGACGCUUUCCCUGCCCAACGGAGUGAAGCAGUUCCAGUGCACCGUGGACAGCGUGCUGUCGGCCACCGAGCUGCAGAUCGCGCCGUGUCUUUCCGAGUUCACAAAGCACGACAUUAGCCUGGUUCAGGAGACAAGUGUAUUGAUCAAGGAUGCGGAAAUGCUUAAGCGUCCCAAGCUGGGCGACUUGUGCUUGGCUCGCUACUCAAAGGACAAGCAGUGGUACCGGGCCAUUAUUAAGGAGGUGCCUCCGGGCAAUCUCCAAGCCACCGUAUUCUACAUAGAUUUCCACGACACCGAGAGGGUUUCACACAACCAUUUAAAGGUGAUGCCCAGUCAGUUGUUCAUGUUCCCGCUGCGAUCGUUCCGGGUUAAACUCCACGGCGUCAAGAGGAACAAGAAUUUCGGAGAAAAGUCAGUGCGCCAGGCAUUGCAGGCCUGCCUCUGCAAAUAUCCGCUGGCCUUUGCCCGGGUUCACUAUCCCAUUACCUACCACUCCAAUCAUUUGGACCGAUCCGAUGGCGAGCCCGAUCUGAUCGAAGUGGAGCUGUUUGAGGACAGGCACAAGAAGAAGCUCUUGUACCAAUCUCUCUGUGAAAGUUGGAUGCUCCUGAAGAAAACAUAAAAAAAUAUAAAAUAUCAUUACUUUUAAACGCAUUAGAUAUGCGCAUCACUACAUAAAUGAAUAUGUAUUGCAGUAUUACUUGACAUUUUAAUUUACUCGACAAUUUUCUAAUCUGAAGUGUUUUUCUUUUACCAUUUAACGUUCUUUCACUUAAAUAAAAUUUAAAUAAAAAUU